AUGACUACAGAGAUAUCUUGGGCUUUACAGAUUCUGCUUCAGGCAUCUCCUGAGUCCCUAGCAGCUCACCGCUUUGAGGUGCUUCCUGCCCUGCGAGAGAUUUUACGCCGGGUUCUCGUGUCCUUUAAAAUUCAAUCAAGACAAUCUGAGCAGAGACAUGCCACAACAGGGCUUUCAGUCCAGGUUAGCAAUGAUGCCGAUGACUUUCGUACCGACCUUACACGUGGAACAGCCUCUGCAUGUUCCGAAACAGCCUCACGGUUAGAUCACUCAGUAUCCUCACUGGCAUCUGAUGGGGAUAACGACUUGACCAUUGCUACGACCGUGGAAGAAGCUCUUACGGACGACGAGGCCACCACUCCGAGCGAUGACUCAUAUAAGAAAUUCUUCAAAAAAAUUAAGAAAUGCGUUGCGGAGAUUGAAGAUAUUUCAAAGCGUCAACCUGAAGACCUCAUCACGGGAGUCUUGGCUACGUUGGAUGGCGAAGAUGGGCGGCUGGCAGAUAUAAAGCAAAUCGCGGGCAAGACAAAUCCUUCUCUGGAAGAGAGACUGGUCCAAUGCCUAGCUCAGGAGUCCAUAGCACUGGAAUUCACUCAUUGGGAGCAGGAUGAACUGCAGGUACAGCAAACAAGGCUGGACCAACUGUGCUGUGAACCUUCGUCUUCACAAAAGAAGCAGACAGGCCGUAUUUCACAAUUUGUACGGCACCGAUUCCACGAUGAAGAAUACUCUAGGAAGGUCAUUCGAUAUGGUCUCAAACAACUGGUGCUUAAGAACAGAUGUCAGCAGGAGCUCCGCUGCGAUAGCAUGGGAAUUGAUGUUGGCAUAGCUUCUGCUUACCGAACAUUUUGCCGUAUGAAAUAUGGUCAGAUACCAAGUUUUGUCUUGCUUCUGUCUACAGAUGGACAAGCGGCACCAAUCCAGGAUAGGGUCUCUGGGAAUCCGCCUUCAACUGACGCUUCUGGCCACGCGCAACCGACUCAGACUUCAGUCAAAGACCUGUUGUUGGGCCUCUCUGCGUGGACUAUGAGGUGCUAUAACUUCUACUGUGAGUACAGGAGAAGCCGUGGAAUUUGUUUAAUUCGAGUUUUUCCAUCGCAUAAAGGCAAGAGGCGAGAGCGGUCUUCGCGCCCAGACUCUGCAAAGCGUCGACAUUCCGGCAGACGUCGCUCUUGUCAUAAUGAUGAGGAUCCGUCGCAUUCUGACGCAGCUGGAGGGUUGUCACGCGUCCAUCCUGGAAAUCUUACCUCUCAUGGCUAUCAAGGUCCUUCUGGAGAACAAAUACGGGAUCUUCACCAAUUUGCUCAAAGGCAUGCGGAUCUCACCCCUCGCGAUUCGGAGCAUUUUACGGCUCCAUCCCGUGCAUCAUACCAGGACCAGAGAUUUAGCGGAUCUGUCGUGACACAACUGCAACAAGAUGCCUCACUGGGGGCCACGAGGCUACGGUUUGAUGAGUAUCCUCAACCAGAAACCUCCCGCGCUGACGACCAUGGUAUUGCUGAUGCUCUUGUGGCAAUGCGCCAACAUUCAUAUCAACCUAGCAACGAUCAAUCCGAUCCAAGCAGAUGGACGCCACUGCAUGCUCAUCAGCCUGGUCCUGUCUCUCAGCGUCUCGCCACUCCCGAUUUAGCGAAUGACUCGCCCUCGGCGAUACGACAGAUUGCUCCUCAGUCCCUUCUUCCUGAUCCUCGCAGAGAGGGCAUGUGUAACGCAUCAGCGGGAAUGGACCAGAUCGCUUUUCAGCCCCUAGACCUCGAUCUCUACGAAAAUAGUAUUUUUAAUGCGUCUCUGGGAUUGGAGCAAAUAGCUACCCAACCAUAUGUUUACGAGUCUAAUGGAGGAGGGAAUAUGCACCACGCCCACCAUGAUGCAGCAACUUUUCUUCCAGCGAUGGAUCAAGUGUCGGCUCCAGAGUAUCAUUCCAAUAUGCAAAACGCUGAAUAUGUUUAA